GAACGGUGUGUGUCUCCCCGGGAUCUGAUGAGGCCUAACCGCUUUCUCUCGGUAAUUAAUUCAUCCUUCUGAGUACAACCGCGGCCUCACCCUCCUUGAACAGAGCGGCGCGAAACACGGCCUUUCUGCCCCAAAAAGUACAAGUAUUUGAUAAAAAACUAAUGAUUUAUGCAACAUUUUUGUUUGAAGUCUCAUUGCAGGAUCCACUGAGUUCCAGUCAUAAGAAUUUAGUUGUUCUAAAGGACACAGCAACAAAGAAAACAAAGUAAUCACCUGAAUUAUCUGACACAUGAACGUUUGUCACAUCCUUUCAAACACCUACCUUCUGAAACCUAACUGCUACUCUCUGAUGACUCUUGAGCAUGUACCCUCACUGUCAUCACAAUAUUUUUGCAGCUAAUUCAAAGUGAAUACUCAAGCACGUUGUCAAACCAAGAGGACUUAAUCAAAGAUUUGACAGCUGACACAAUUGGAAUUGCUGUAAAGAAACUUCACUGAUCUCGUUGCAGGAUGGUUGAUGUUUCAUGUUGAUUUAUUUUUCACUCUCAUGGAAUCAGAUGGAGCAAAAAACAAAUAAGAUUACUUCAAGUUCUGCAAAAAUUCCAGUUAGAAAGGAUUUAGGAGCACAGAAUGAUCGUUCAGUAAAGAAAGAUCAUCAAAGGGAUAUGUUGGUGGAUUCGACAAUGAAAGGCCAGCUUCCCAAAAGCAUAUCCCAGGGACAUUCCAUAAAGCGUGGUGGGAUUAAUGUUUAUCGUGUCAAAAAGAGCUUGAUUCGGGACAGAGUGAAUUACACCUGGAACAGAGGUGGGCGAUUAAAGGAACUGCGCUUAAGGCACCUUGCGAGAAAAUUUCUGCAUUUGUGGAUUUGGAAGACAUUUGGGAGAAUCCUUCCAUCCCAAGCGAGAUCCCAUUACUGUCACUCAACUUUGCGAAAAACCUUUCAUGAAUGGAAGGAGCAGUGGUGGAGUGUGCGAGUAGAAUGGAAACUGAUGGUUCGUGCAGACUGUCACUACAGAUAUCACAUGUACAAUCACACAUGGAGAGCCUGGCACACAUACAUCCUUCAGCAACAGAUGAAGAAAACAAAACUUGCCAAGGCGAUUUCACAUGCUGAUACACAGAUGUUUCGGAAGUUCUGGAUCAACUGGACGUUGUACGUGAAGAUACGGAAAACCAAACGCAUGAUGCAGUUUGAGGCUGAUGAGUUCCGUGUGAAAGCAACUCUUCAGGCUGCGUGGUUCAUUUGGACCAAACAAUUGGAAAGAAAGGAAAGAAAUCACAGAAUGGAUGGCCUGGCAAUGCAACAUUGGGCCAAAACCUUGCAGCAUAGGGCUUGGCUUCAGUGGAAUGCAUUAUUGCAUUUGUCGCAACAAGAGCAGGAGAGGGAUAGCCGAGCACAGCAAAUAUACCAACGACGUUGUCUGCAGCGAUAUCUGCUGGCUUGGCUUGUAUAUGUCCAGGUUUGCAGGGACAAGAGGUGUCAAUACAGAUUGGCUAGACAGAAAUACGAGCAUUCUGUUGUUCAGCAAUGCUUUUUGUUAUGGCACGCGGCCUGGUGCCUUCAAAGGAGCAUCCGUGCACAAGAUGAUCACCUCCGUGAACUGGGCAGGAGGAGCAUUCUGCGGAGGACCUUUCUCCGCUGGAGUCACUAUGUUUCUCUUGCUGCUGAAAAGACUAACCUGUGUAGAUUGGCAGAUGAUCAUUACCACCAUCAUCUGCUGCAAUCAAGUGUUACUGCUCUGAGGUUCAAUGUGAGAAGCAUUCGACAGAAACAGAUGUUUAAUAACCUGGCGCACCAACAAUUCCAUGUUUGGAUGCUGCGAAGGUGCUGGAAUCAGUGGAAAUUAUGUUUGGAUCAGCAAGAGGAGCUUGAACUUAGAGCAUUGACAGGACAAGCCCAAAACCAUUUCAGGGAGGUAUUGCUGAGGAAAUCUUUCCAUUGUUGGAUAAAAGGCAUUCAAGAGGAAAAGUGGUAUCAGGUUCAGGAUGAGAAGGCUCAUGCUCAUUACUGUCGGAACUUAUUACCUUUGUAUCUAAAGAAGUGGAAAGUAUUUGUCAGUGAGAAGAAACGCCUGAAUCAGAUGAAAGAGACCGCGUGGGAAUUUCACAGAGAGAUGUUGCUGAAAUUGACUUUUCACACAUGGUGGGAAAAGUUGGAUCGUCAGCGUGAGAAUCGAACGGCAGAAAGAUUGGCUAUGAUUCAUUAUACUCGUUGCGUGUUGCUGCGGUUCUGGUGGAACUGGCGUGAGAAGACUGCCGUCUUGUUGGAGGAGAGAGAGAAGGAGGCCAUUGCUGAAGAUCACUUUAAACAUCAGUUGCUGCGUAAAUCAUUGCACUUUUGGAAAAAGACUGUGGCAGAACAAAUAGCAGGACGAGACCAUGAAGUACGAGCUGUAAGACAUUGGUGCAGAUGUCGCUUGCGCGGAACCUGGAGGGCUUGGCGGUUGUAUGUGCAGAAAAAACAUGAGAAAUGGAAAAAACACGUGUGUGCAGAUGUACAUUUUCAGAAGAAGCUGCUGUCAAAAGCUUUGCGCGAGUGGAAGGUUUUCCAUUGCAACAAUCAGCAAAUUCUUUGCAAGGUGGAUGAAAAGGGGAAGAAACAGAGAAGAGAUUUAUUAAGAUUUUUCUUCUACACCUGGAGAGAAAAUGCGCGCACGCUGGCUGAUGAAGCUAGGAAAGCUGCCCAAGCAGAUCAGCAUUAUCACCAUGUCCUUUUAGCCAAGGUUGUGGAAUACUGGAGAGAUACAAUCACACUUCAGAUGUAUCAACGACAACAGGAGGUGGAACUCGUGCUGGAAGCAAGACAACGUAUUGAUUUUCUUCAGCUGCAGCAUGCGUUUUCCCAUUGGAAGCAGAUCAGUCGAAGCUCAGUAAUAUUACGAGACAAAAUGAAGGCUGCUGCCCAACACUAUGGACAGAAGAUUAUGAUGAAGUGUCUGUUGUCCUGGAAACAGCAUCAUGCCUAUUAUUUGAGGGCAGUCUUAUUGCAACGACGUGGAGAUUGGUUUCAAGCAUUGCGACUUUAUCGAUGCUACUUUACCGACUGGAAAGUAAAACUGUUAUUGAAACAUCAGGAGACCAAGAAGACAGCAAUAGCUUUAUGGCAUUGGUCUCUUUCACUUCAAGGGAAGGUAUUUGAUGCCUGGCUGAUGUAUAUAGAGGAGCGGCGCAGGAAAAAGUUACGCAUUGCAAAAGCAGUCCAAACCUAUCGCAGUCACUUGCUAAGAUUGGGUGUGGCUGCAAUUCUUCAGUACACUUCUGACAUGGUGCGGUUUCGCAGUCAAGUUGCAGCUGAGCAUCAGAUGAAGACUGCAUAUAGCCUCCAUCAGGUUGUCUAUCGCUGUGCUAUGACCUGGAAACAAAAAGUGCUCUGCAAGAGGGAGAGGCCAAAGCACAAGUCCUGUGCUGUGACACGCAAAAAAUCUGUGGCUUUCACGCUUCCAGUUUCUGAAGUUUGUAAAGAGAAUAGUGUCAGUAUGAAAACUGGGAUCUUGAAGAGUGAAUCAAAGGAAAGGAUUUCAAAGGUUGCAGCCAAUCCCAUCAGGUAUGAUGGUUUACCAACAACGCUGCCUGAUAAGGACAUGGAUUUCACCAAUUUACCCCCUGCAUGUUCGAUAAGGUUACAGCCAAGAAAGCCAGAGUUCCUAUUUGAAUCACUGCAAAAAAAGGAUCUCCUGCACAGGAUCCACAACCGCGGCAGUACCUUGGACUCCACAAUGUCAGCAAUGACAGAUUUGUCAGUAGCCAGAAUGGAGACUUCAGUACCAAGCAAACCCAUUGACACACGGGGUCACACCAGUCUAAGUGUCCACUCUGAGAAAAAUGGUGCUGCCAGUCAGUCAUUACGUUUUGCAGAAGUGACAGGGAAUCUCCAAAUGAUGCUGUCACAGGGCUUCUUUCCCUUUGCCCACUUUGUUCCUUCAAGGGCAGCCAAGGAUAGCCAGGAACAACCCGUGCAUAAGGAACUCCUGCUGCCCCCGUCUGCAUUCCUGUUACCUGGGAAAGAGAAUGUGAAUAUAAACAUGGAGCAGGACAGGCACAGUCACAUUGCUGAUGCUGAGCACAUUCACAAGGAUGAGAAAGGUUUGAGUUGGCAGUCACCCACAAAUCCACAGCUGCUCUCUCAAGAUGAAUUUAGGAUCAGGCCUGGAUGUCGCAGUGUGUUUUCUCAGGACACAGAUUCAGAUAAUGAUUCUGAUGGAUGUAACCAGCAAUGUCGGCUAGAGGCAGAACUACACGAGAUACGUCAGGAGCUGCAGCGUUUCAAUGACAAUAAACAGAACCUCAGGUCCUGGCGGAAACAGGCCUCAGUACUCCGAAACUGGCUGCAGGUAAAUGCUGUACACAAGGGGGAGGAUGUGCUGGAGAUCAGGCAGGAACUAAAACAGCUGGAGACGGAUAUUGAAAAGCUUUCAAAGAAGCUGCGCAAGGAUGAACCUUACAUACAGGGCCACGUUGCGAGAGUUCAGGAGAUCCGGCAAAUCCUGACUGAGAAAGAUCAGUAAUCAUCACUUUCAAGUUUGCUGUCUCUGUGAUGUGUUUUGCCAAAGCAGAAAAUCUCAGUCAUACUGAGCCCCUGAAAGAGGGAAACCAGCAUCGAGUUUGAAGCACAUGUUCCAAAUGGAGUCAUGAAAGCAAAUUCUGAACUUAUUUUCACAACAGUCUUUACACAAUAUGGUGGUGAAGGGCAAGCAGGUGUAGCAUUUACUGAUUUAAUAACUGGUAUUUAGUUAAUUUGUAACUGUACAAUGUUAUAAAUCAAUCUGUAAUCAUGUAAAUAUAUUCCAAAAUAAAGAUUAUUCAACCAAGAA